GUAGUAAUAGCCAACCCAAUUGACCAGAAGAAGGGUUUAAAUAGCCUUGCUUUUCGCACUUUAAACAUACGACUUACGUUGAGGACUAUUCAGCUCGAAAACCCGCGCGUUUUUGAUAAAUAAGGGCGACGUCUUAGACACGUGUGCUCUAUCCAGGGCAGUCAAUAUAUAGAGCCCUGCAUCUGAACCCGGCAGUAGAACACUCGCAGCUCCCAGACGGCACACAUCUCCUGAUAUCAUGUCUUCGUCCUUCUACAUUGACUCGCUUAUUUCAAAAGCCAAGUCGGUACCAACGAGUACUUCAGAGCCGCGACACACUUACGAAUCUCCUGUUCCUUGUUCUUGUUGUUGGACUCCGACGCAACCUGACCCAAGUAGCCUAUGCCAGCUCUGCAUUCCUACUAGUGCUAGCGUGCACCCGUAUAUGCAUCAUGUGAGAGGCGCAUCGAUACCCUCAGGGGCCGGACUCUACUCUAGGGAACUACAGAAAGAUCAUAUUUUGCUGCAACAACACUACGCUGCGACAGAGGAGGAGAGACUUCAUCUUGCGAGUUAUGCAUCAUCACGCGAUCCUGACAGUCCAUCAAGGGGAGGAAAUUCACGGUCAAAGCGGAUCAGAACGGCAUACACCAGCAUGCAACUACUCGAGCUUGAGAAAGAGUUCAGUCAAAACAGAUAUCUUUCUCGCCUUCGCCGCAUUCAAAUCGCCGCUUUGCUAGAUCUUUCCGAGAAGCAAGUGAAAAUCUGGUUCCAAAACCGACGCGUUAAAUGGAAGAAGGACAAGAAAGCAGCGCAACAUGGCACAACAACCGAGACUUCUUCUUGUCCUUCGUCGCCAGCAAGCACCGGUAGAAUGGAUGGUGUAUGAACACUAAAAUUGAACCAUAUUGUACAGUUUGUAUAUAGUUUAAUGUACUAUAUUCGGGGCAACCUUGUUUUCAUAAUUUGUAUAGAAUCUAUAGUUUGGCGAACGAACUGUGAUCGCCCAAUUUAUUUCGACUUCUAAUUUGGUUUUAACACCAUUUCGAAGUUUGUGAGGGAUAAAUUGUAAAACAAAAACAAUUUAAAAGCCUUAAAUGGAAAGGCGGGGGGAUAUACACAAAAAAAUUGCAUGUAAAUUUUCGUAUAAACUUUUCUGAGAAUUUUACCAUGCAUUUGUAUAAAACGGCAAGAGAUUUGCCGGCCUGUAACAAUAAUUAGUUAAUGAAGUUGGAAGUGAAUAAAAGCUUGUCACUUAUAGAA